UUGCUCUCAACGGUCUCCCCGCGUCCUGGAGUGCCUCUACGGCCGUCCUGCUCGUAGAGCACGAUGUCUCCCCUCGUCCUCCUCUCCUUCCUCGCGUCCCUCCUCCUAUGCUGCCUCUGCUUUCCCUCCGUCUGGACAUCCAUCACCGGCGGAGAUGAGUUCGACAUGCACGAAGCUGGCCUCGCGGUUGUCGCGUCUCGCACCCCCUUCCGCGAAUCUGGCCCGCCAGCAUGCAUGGCGAAGCUUAUCAUGCUCAGGCAUAAGAUACAGCAGGACAACACCAAACGGCGAAACCACACGAGCCAAGCCCGACGAGUCUCACGUACAUUCAACGCAUCACCCGCCCGCUCACCGCGCAACGUACCAUGGGUGCGCUUUGGGCGGGCAUACGGGAAGCAAAAUUAUUGACUGUAUACCACCACACCACCCUUACUACUCAUCGCGCGCGCUGCUGGGGUCGCAUCUGUAUACCCGGAGAAUAUAAUACCUGUUGUUGGCUGUUGUCGCACACUACCACCUCC